AUGGUGGCAUACACUUUACCGGAGGGGUUCACUGACUUCGACAUGUUUACAUUCGGAUCUGUCAUCCUUGUGGAGGCUCUCGUUGGAUUCUUCCUCAAUUCCAUCGCAAUUUUGUCCUUCCUUACAAUUAAGGAGAUGAGAACCUCAAAUAAUUUCCUCGUCUUUAACCUGGCUUUGGCUGAUAUUAGCCUGAAUGUAAAUGGCCUUUUUGCUGCAUACGCAAGUUUUCUUAGAUACUGGCCCUAUGGGGCUGAAGGAUGCCAGACUCAUGCCUUUCAAGGAAUGGUGGCUGCCCUCUCCAGCAUUAGCCUUAUUGGUGCAGUUGCCUGGGACAGAUACCAUCAGUACUGUACUAGACAAAAGUUGCAGUGGAGUACUUCGAUAACCCUGGUUGUCAUAAUCUGGGUGCUCUCUGUCUUCUGGGCUUCCCUUCCCCUGGCUGGAUGGGGUGACUAUGACUUUGAGCCACUGAGAACCUGCUGUACUCUGGACUACAGCAAGGGUGACAGGAACUACACCACCUACAUGCUGACGCUGACCUUCUUCUACCUGAUUAUCCCAGCCACCACCAUGCUCACCUCUUACCAGUCAAUUUACAAGCAGUUCCGAAGGACUGGAAAAUACCGGUUUAACACUAGCUUGCCGUUGAGGACGUUGUUGUUCUGCUGGGGUCCCUAUGUCCUCCUCUGCAUGUAUGCCACUGUUGAGAAUGUCAGGCUCGUCUCUCCAAAGUUAAGAAUGAUGCUUCCUGUUCUGGCAAAGACUUCUCCAACGUUCCAUUCCCUCCUGUAUGCCUUUGGAAACGAGCACUACAGAGUGGGCAUCUGGCAGUUCCUUACUGGGGAGAAAAUCCCACCACCUGCUCCUGAGAAGAAAAGAUAA